AGACAGACUACUCAUAUGGCUAAGAUCGCUUGAACAAGAGGCGCAAAGUCUGUUGUAUAUGAUACUCCCCCGUGCGCCUCCAACGUACCUCAUUGCAGCCGAUAUACCAGCCACUCCAAGGCCACAUAAUGUCUUCCGAGUUAAAAAAGCCAUUGGAAACCACGCCAUGCCAGCCAACAGGACCUCCAUGUCCAGUGUGUCGUUCACUAGUCCUGGAAUAUGACACAACAAUUAGAGGCUUGACUAUACCUAUGAGCGGCCUCAAGGAGUCAGCCAAUGCUACUCCAUGUUACACUUGUGCUCUCUUAUGGGAGGCGAUUAGCACAACUGUGAAAGAAGAAACAGCUAUGCCAGAGGUGCUAUAUGAAUCAAUACUCGUCGAAAGCAAACCGCCAAAACACCCAGGGCCUAUGGUUGUCCACCUUUAUCCUGAUCCCGUUGCACAUGCGAUCAGUGAAAAGACUUUUCAGCUAUAUACAACUGAUGAUGACUUGUCUUUGCCCUGGGACUUGAUCGGCCAGGGUUACCAUAUACCAGAAUACGGGUUAUCCCCAAGCUGUGUGUCAUUGGCGCGCGAGUGGCUCAACGCAUGUGGCCACGCCCAAGGAAAACAUGCGAACUGUACCAAGACCACCAUUUCAACGCUACCAACGCGGGUUAUAUCGGUUGGAAAUGACAGAGCAUCGCCAAGGCUUGUGGUUACUGAGCCAAACCAGCAAGCACACUAUGCAGCUCUGAGCCACUGCUGGGGAGGAAGCACGCCGACAAUGACCACUUUAUCUAAUCUAGAAGCAUACACUAUUUCGCUCCCUAGCGAUCUUCCACAAACUUUUGAAGAUGCUCUAAGAGUGGCUCGAGCGCUGGAGAUACCGUACAUAUGGAUAGACUCCUUAUGUAUUAUCCAGGAUUCUCCAGCGGACUGGGAACGUGAGGCCUCGCGAAUGGCUCAAGUAUAUGCCAACGCCUAUGUGACCAUAUUUGCCGAUGCUGCGCCGGACAGCAUUUCUGGCUUUUUGUCGCCACCGUCACGAAAGGCUCCACAAAGGUUCGUUGUGCCAUGCAAGAAUGACCAGUCCGGCUCAGGGGUCGUACAUAUCCGAGAGCGUGGGUUCCUAGCCCAGCAACUCCCGUAUCAUACAUGGAAUAGUAGAAGAAGUGGUUCAGGUCAAAGCAAGCUAUCAACGCGAGGUUGGGUGUUUCAGGAACGGUUACUGUCACCGCGGACCCUCCACUUUUCGCAGAACGAGAUGGCUUGGGAAUGCAGAUCUGUCUGCGAGUGCGAAUGCUCAGCGACAUCUCUGAGGACCCUUCGUACCACAAGCGUCAUGAAGCAUUUCCUUCAUCCUCAAGAUCCCGAUGUUUCUUUGGCUGAGGCGAAUUGGAGAUCUGAAAUCGUCCCGGCAUAUACGGAGCUAGACCUCACCUUUGCGACUGAUCGACUGCCUGCCAUCCAAGGCCUGGCUAACGCUACCCAAAGGCUCAGAAGUAAUGACGAAUACAUUUCUGGACUUUGGCGAAAAACUAUAAAGGCUGACCUUUUGUGGUAUAGAAAUGCAGCUGAUGGUAAUAAUCGAAGAAUCAAGGAUGGGGGUGCUCCAACAUGGUCGUGGGGAUCUGUCACUGGGCCAAUUUAUUACACAGACAGGGUCACACCUAGUGACUCGAAUUUGCAGAUCUUGGACAUCAUAACCAGCGAGGAGCAAGCUCCGGUCCUUGUUGUCCGGGGCCAUCUCGUUAAAGUGAAACUCGACGAUCCUUACAGUGACAAUGUGUCCUUGGGUCCGGAUGACGAGCUAAGAGUGGAAUGGGAUUGCGUGGGGGGUCUACCUAAGUCUAACAAAACAUCGCAGUAUUUCUUGGUAUUUGAGGCAGAUGAUGGAGGACCAUUUGGCUUGUUACUCAAUGUCGACCGAACCGAUCCACCGGCUCAGCAAUUUCGAAGAGUCGGAUAUGUCCACGGGCAUAGCAUCUCAAAGUGGCGUCGCUCAUGGGGUAGUGGUGGUUGGGUGUCUAGUCCGGCUAGCAGUGCGUCUGACACCUCUGGUGGAAUAUGGGAGGAUGCCAGUAGGGAUGGGGCAAGAGAGUGGGUUGAUGAAAUAUUUAAGGGCGAACCUACAACCUUUAGAUUGAUCUAGUGGUUAUGAGUCAUUGCAAGAUGUGC